CUCUUCCAGGUGAACUAUGACCACUUUACUCUGGGUGGCUGUGACUCUGAGGGUCAUUACUGCUGCUGUCUCAGUAGAAGUCUCAGAUCAUGACAACUCCCUGAGUGUGAGCAUCCCCCAGCCGUCCCCCCUGAAAGUCCUCCUGGGGACCUCCCUCACCAUCCCCUGCUAUUUCAUCGACCCCAUGCACCCUGUGACCACCGCCCCCUCCACCGCGCCCCUCACCCCGAGAAUCAAGUGGAGCCGCAUUUCCAAGGAGAAGGAGGUGGUACUGCUGGUGGCCACGGAAGGGCAAGUGAGGGUCAACAGUGCCUACCAGGACAAGGUCUCGCUGCCCAACUACCCGGCCAUCCCCAGUGACGCCUCCUUGGAGAUCCAGAGCCUGCGCUCCAAUGACUCUGGGAUCUAUCGCUGCGAGGUGAUGCAUGGCAUUGAGGACAGCAAGGCCACCUUGGAGGUCGUGGUGAAAGGUAUCGUGUUCCAUUACAGAGCCAUCUCCACGCGCUACACCCUGGACUUCGACAGGGCGCAGCGGGCCUGCCUGCAGAACAGCGCCAUCAUCGCCUCCCCCGAGCAGCUGCAGGCCGCCUACGAGGACGGCUUCCACCAGUGUGAUGCCGGUUGGCUGUCCGACCAGACUGUCCGGUACCCCAUCCAUACUCCCCGAGAAGGCUGCUAUGGAGACAAGGAUGAGUUUCCUGGCGUGAGAACCUAUGGCAUCCGAGACACCAAUGAGACCUAUGACGUGUACUGCUUCGCCGAGGAGAUGGAAGGCGAGGUCUUCUAUGCAACAUCUCCGGAGAAGUUCACCUUCCAGGAGGCAGCCAAUGAGUGCCGGCGACUGGGCGCCCGCCUGGCCACCACAGGCCAGCUCUACCUGGCCUGGCAGAGUGGCAUGGACAUGUGCAGUGCUGGCUGGCUUGCCGACCGCAGCGUGCGCUACCCUAUCUCCAAGGCCCGGCCCAACUGCGGGGGCAACUUGCUGGGUGUGAGGACUGUCUACCUGCAUGCCAACCAGACGGGCUACCCCGACCCGUCAUCCCGCUAUGACGCCAUCUGCUACACAGGUGAAGACUUCGUGGACAUCCCAGAAAACUUCUUUGGGGUGGGUGGUGAGGGGGACAUCACCAUUCAGACGGUGACCUGGCCCGACGUGGAGCUGCCCCUGCCCCGAAACAUCACCGAGGGUGAAGCCCGAGGCAACGUGAUCCUCACCGCGAGGCCGAUCUUCGACGUCUCCCCCACUGCUCUGGAGCCUGAGGAGCCCUUCACAUUCGCCCCUGACGUAGGGGCCACCGCCUUCCCAGAGGCUGAGAAUGAGACUAGAGAGGCCACCAGGCCCUGGGGCUUUCCUGAGGAACUCAUUCCUGGCCCGGGCUCUCCCACGGCCUUCACUAGUGAGGACCUGGUUGUGCAGGUGACCGCUGUCCCAGGUGCAGCCGAAGUCCCUGGGCAGCCACGCUUACCAGGAGGGGUCGUGUUCCACUAUCGCCCCGGCCCCACCCGCUACUCGCUGACCUUUGAGGAGGCACAGGAGGCCUGCCUGCGCACCGGGGCAGUCAUCGCCUCGCCCGAGCAGCUCCAGGCCGCCUACGAAGCGGGCUACGAGCAGUGUGACGCCGGCUGGCUGCGGGACCAGAGCGUCAGAUACCCCAUCAUGAGCCCGCGGACCCCAUGUGUGGGUGACAAGGACAGCAGCCCAGGAGUCAGGACCUAUGGUGUACGCCCAUCAUCAGAAACCUACGAUGUCUACUGCUACGUGGACAGGCUCGAGGGGGAGGUGUUUUUCGCCACUCGCCUGGAGCAGUUCACCUUCCAGGAAGCGCUGGCCUUCUGUGAAUCUCACAAUGCCACGCUGGCCUCCACGGGCCAGCUCUACGCCGCCUGGAGCCGCGGCCUGGACAAGUGCUAUGCUGGCUGGCUGGCAGACGGCAGCCUCCGUUACCCCAUCGUCACCCCAAGACCUGCCUGCGGCGGAGACAAGCCAGGCGUGAGAACGGUCUACCUCUACCCCAACCAGACGGGACUCCCAGACCCUCUGUCCCGGCACCAUGCCUUCUGUUUCCGCAAUGUUUCAGCAGCACCCGCUCCAGAAGAGGAGGAGGAGGGCACGUCCACACCACCCUUCGAGGUGGAGGAAUGGAUCGCUACCCAAGUGGGGCCCAGUGUGGCUGCCGUCCCCUUGGGAGAGGAAACAACAGCAAUCCCAGACUUCACCAUGGAGCCAGAAAGCCAGACGGAAUGGGAGCCAGCUUACACCCCUGUGGGCACAUCUCCACUGCCAGGGAUCCCCCCUACGUGGCCUCCCACUGGUGCAACAACGGAAGAAGAAAGCAUAACAACAGAAGAAGGCCAUCCUGCAACCGAAGUGAUCUCUGCCUCGGAGGAGCCGUUCCCUUCAGAGAAGCCAUCCCCUUCGGAGGAGCCAUCCCCUUCGGAGGAGCCGUCCCCUUCGGAGGAGCCGUCCCCUUCAGAGGAGCCGUCCCCUUCAGAGGAGCCGUCCCCUUCAGAGCAGCCCUGGCCUUCAGAGGAGCCAUCCCCUUCAGAGCAGCCAUCCCCUUCAGAGGAGCCCUCUACUUCAGAGGAACCAUUCACAACUUCACCUGCAGUGCCCAGCGCAACCGAGCUGCCAGGCUCUGGGGAGGCAUCUGGGACUCCUGACAUCAGUGGUGACUUCACAGGCAGUGGAGAUGCUUUAGGACGCCUUGACUCCAGUGGGCAGCCCUCAGUGGGCAGCGGAAGUGGACUUCCCUCUGGAGACUUUGACUCCAGUGGUCUUACCUCCACAGAGGGCUCAGCUCUGCCUGAGGGAAGUGGUCUGGCCUCAGGGGAUGAAGAGAGCAUUGAGCGGUCCAGCACUUCUGAGGUUGGUAAACUGCCUCCUGAAGGUGAGGGCCUAGAGGGCUCUGCUUCUGGAGUAAGGGACCUCAGUGGGCUUCCUUCUGGAGAAGUUCUAGAGACCUCUGCUUCUGGAGCAGAGGACCUCAGCGGGCCUCCUUCCGGAGAGGUUCCAGAGACUUCCACUUCUGGAGCAGAAGACAUCAGUGUGCUUCCUUCUGAAGAGGUUCUGGAGACCUCUGCUUCUGGAGUAGGUGACCUCAGUGGGCUUCCUUCUGCAGAGGUUCCAGAGACCUCUACUUCUGGAGCAGGGGAUCUCAGCGGGCUUCCUUCUGGAGAGGUUCCAGAGACUUCUGCUUCUGAAGUAGAGGAUAUUAGCAGGCUUCCUUCUGGAGAGGUUCCAGAGACUUCUGCUUCUGGUGUAGGCGACCUCAGUGGGCUUCCUUCUGGAGAGGUUCCAGAGACUUCUACUUCUGGAGCAGAGGACCUCAGUGGGCUUCCUUCUGGAGAGGUUCCAGAGACUUCUACUUCUGGAACAGAGGAGCUUAGCGGGCUUCCUUCUGGAGAGGUUCCAGAGACUUCUACUUCUGGAGCAGGGGACCUCAGUGGACGUCCUUCUGGAGAAGUUCCAGAGACUUCUACUUCUGGAGCAGGGGACCUCAGUGGGCUUCCUUCUGGAGGAGAAGGUCCAGAGAUCUCUGCCUCUGGAAUAGAGGACCUCAGUGGACUUCCUUCAGGAAGAGAAGGACUAGAAACAUCUGCCUCUGGAGUAGAGGACAUCAGUGGACUUACUACUGGAGGAGAAGAUCUAGAGACUUUUGCCUCUGGAAUAGGAAAUGUCAGUGGACUUCCUUCUGGAAGGGAAGAUCUAGAGACCUCUGCUUCUGGAAUAGAAGAUCUCAGUGGACUUCCUUCUGGAAGAGAAGGUCUAGAAACCUCUGUUUCUAGGGUAGGGGAUGACCUCAGUGGACUUCCUUCUGGAAGGGAAGGUCUAGAGACCUCAGCUUCUGGAGCUGAGGACCUCAGUGGUCUGUCUUCUGGGAAAGAAGAUUUAGAGGGGUCUGCUUCUGGAGGUUUGGACUUUGGCAGCCUGCCUUCUGGAACUCCAGGAAGUGGGCUAGCCCCAGAAGAAAGUAGCCUUCCCUCUGGAUUUAGUGGUGAGUAUUCUGGACUGGACCUUGGAAGUGGCCCAUCCUCUGGCCUGCCUGACUUUAGUGGACUUCCAUCUGGGUUCCCAACUGUCUCCCUAGUGGACACUACAUUGGUGGAAGUGGUCACGGCCAGCACAGCAAGUGAACUAGAAGGAAGGGGGACCAUUGGCAUCAGUGGUGCAGGAGAAAUAUCUGGACUGCCCUUCCAUGAACUGGACAUUAGUGGAGGAACUAGUGGACUCUCUUCAGGAGGUGAGCUCAGUGGCCAAGCAUCUGGGUCUCCUGACAUCAGUGGGGAAACAUCUGGACUCUUUGAUGUCAGUGGACAGCCAUCAGGGUUUCCUGAUAUACAUGGGGGGACAUCUGGAAUCUUUGAGGUCAGCGGACAGCCAUCAGGGUUUCCUGACACCAGUGGGGAACUAUCUGGAGUGACUGGGAUUAGUGGACUAUCCUCUGGACAACCAGAGGUCAGUGGAGAAGCAUCUGGAGUUGUUUAUGGCAGUGGUCAGCCAUUUGGCAUAACUGACCUGAGUGGGGAAACAUCCGGGGUCCCUGAUAUCAGUGGGCAGCCAUCAGGGUUACCGGAGUUCAGUGGAGCAACAUCCGCAGUGCCUCACCUGGUUUCUGGUGCCCUAAGUGGCAGUGGUGAAUCUUCUGGCAUUACAUUUGUGGACACCAGUUUGGUCGAAGUGACCCCUACGACAUUUAAAGAAGAAGAGGGCCUAGGGUCCGUGGAACUCAGCGGCCUCCCUUCUGGAGAGGUGGAUCAGUCAGGUACAUCUGGGAUAGUGGAUGUCAGUGGACAACCUUCUGGAAUGACUGAUUCCAGUGGGUUUACAACCCAGGCUCCAGAAUUCAGUGGCCUACCAAGUGGAGUAGCUGAGGUCAGCGGAGACGCCUCUGGCACUGAGACUGGGAGCAGCUUGCCCUCGGGAGCAUAUGAUGGCAGUGGGCUUCCAUCUGGUUUCCCCACCAUCUCUCUCGUGGACAGAACUUUGGUGGAAUCUAUAACCCAGCAUCCAACAGCCCAAGAAGCAGGAGAAGGACCUUCGGGCAUUUUGGAAGUCAGUGGUACUCCUUCUGGAGGACCAGACCUGUCUGGGGACCAUUCUGGACUUUUGGACCUAAGUGGGCUGCAAUCUGGGCUGGUGGAACCCAGUGGAGAGCCACCAAGUACUCCACAUUUUAGUGAGGACUUUUCUAGCACCACUGAUGGAAGUGGGGAAUCCUCUACAGCUACGAGCUCUAGUGGGGAGGCCUCAGGGCUUCCAGAAGUUACUCUGAUUGCUUCUGAGUUUGUAGAGGGUGUUACAGAACCAACUGCUUCUCAGGAACUUGGCCAAAGACCCCCUGUGACACACAUGCCCCAGUUUUUUGAAUCCAGUGGAGAAGCCUCUGCAUCUGGGGACAUUAGUGGAGCUCCAACAGCCUUCCCUGGGUCUGGGGUAGAAGCGUCCUCUGCCCCAGAAUCCAGCAGUGAAACGUCUGCCUAUCCUGAGGCUGAGAUGGGUACACCUGCCACUCCCGAGGCCAGCGGAGACGUUUCUGGGUCCCCUGAUCUGAGUGAAUCCACCUCUACCUACCAUGAAGUUGAUACUGAGGGAACCUCAGGCCUGGGGCUGCAUGGCACCACUUCAACCUUUCUGGAAGGCCCUAGAGAGGGGUCGACUACCCUGGAAGUGAGUGGAGACUCGGCCACCACCUACGGUGUGGGCACAGAGACAUUGGGCUUGCCUUCAGCUGCUCCUGUGGCUUCUGGAGACAGGACUGAAAUCAGCGGAGACCUGUCUGGUCACACCUCAGGGCUGGAUAUUGUUAUCAGCACCAGCAUCCCAGAGGCCGACUGGACCCAGCAGACACAGCGCCCUGCAGAGGCGCAUCUAGAAAUCGAGGCCUCCAGCCCUUUGUAUUCAGGAGAAGAGAGCCAAACAACCGAAACAGCUACCUUCCCAACAGACGCUUCCAUCCUCACUUCUCCAGCAGGGACAGGUGAAUCGGAGUCAACCAUGGCAGCCCCCGCCAGGUCCUGUGCUGAAGAGCCCUGUGGCGUUGGGACCUGCCAGGAGACAGAGGGACAUGUCGUAUGCCUGUGCCCCCCUGGCCACACUGGCGAGCACUGUGACAUAGACAAGGAGAUGUGUGAGGAGGGCUGGACCAAGUUCCAGGGCCACUGUUACCGCCACUUCCCUGACCGCGAGACCUGGGUGGAUGCGGAGAGCCGGUGCCGUGAGCAGCAGUCACACCUGAGCAGCAUCGUCACCCCCGAGGAGCAGGAGUUUGUCAAUAACAAUGCUCAAGACUACCAGUGGAUCGGCCUCAAUGACAAGACCAUUGAAGGGGACUUCCGCUGGUCAGAUGGGCACCCCCUGCAAUUCGAGAACUGGCGCCCCAACCAGCCCGACAACUUCUUCGCCACUGGAGAGGACUGCGUGGUGAUGAUCUGGCACGAGAAGGGCGAGUGGAAUGACGUUCCGUGCAAUUACCAGCUGCCCUUCACGUGUAAAAAGGGCACAGUGGCCUGUGGAGACCCUCCCGUGGUGGAGCACGCCAGGACCUUCGGGCAGAAGAAGGACCGAUACGAGAUCAAUUCACUGGUGCGGUACCAGUGCACAGACGGUUUUGUCCAGCGCCACGUGCCCACCAUCCGGUGCCAGCCCAGCGGGCACUGGGAGGAGCCUCGGAUCACCUGCACAGACCCCUCCACCUACAAGCGCAGACUACAGAAGCGGAGCCCAGGGAGGAGCCGCCCCAGCACGGCCCACUGAACACGGCUUCCAGGAUGCCGAGCCCAGGAGCCGGCCAGGCCGACAGCACAUCCCACCGAUGGUGUCCUCCUGUUGUCGCUUUUUGUCAUAUAAGGAAUCCCAUUAAAGAAGGAAAAACAAAUGAAUCCCACAUUGUGUAUGCACCCACCCACCCCCUCAAAAUCGCCAAAACUGCAUCUAAUUGGUCCCCCAAAUGCCAAAGCGAAGCAAACUGAUUGUAACCCGUGGACUGAGUUUAGAGACAUUUACUUCUUCGAUCUCCCAUCGUGCCUUUCCAGGGACCAGUUCAGGGACAGGGGGAGAAGGGGAGGGGUUAAGUUAAAUAAAGAAGAUUAUUUUUUGUUUCCUGACUUGAUCCAAGAGCAGUGCAAUUGGUUAUUUCAUCUCCAGGGAGAGCUAGGGAGGGAGGAGGGGCAGAGGCCUGAGGGCAGGAGGAGCUUGGACCGACAGCAACUGAAUCUUCAAGAAAGGAGCCCCCCCCUCCCCAGGGCUGCACCAUCUGUGUGGGGAAGAAGCCUUGGAGGAGACUGGGUGGUUCCCACCAGCCGGCCAUGGGUGAGCGGGCAGGAGAGAGCCAUCGGAGGGAUCUUGUGCUGCAGGGGGGUCGGUUCCCUCAAAAGGUCCCGCUUCCAGUGUCUCCCUCCCCCAGGUUUGUCAUCCUAGCAGGUGUCAAUCUCGGCAGGGCUGGGUGGGGGCACUCCCUUCCCAGUGGGGGUGCCACCCCACUCUUCUCCCCUCCCUACCCUUUCC